CCGUUCAGGCGAAGCUGCGGUGACUCUCUUUGCGUUGUCCGCGCGCCCGUGGUGUAAGGUGUUGGUUACGUGCGCGCUCCCGACGCCGGACGCAAGUGACGCGUGUCAACCGCCGCCUGUUGGUCUUUCGCUCUCGGUUGUUGACGGUUGUUGCGAAAAUGGCCUCGACUAACCGGAGAAGAUGACGGUGUGGAGAUUUCCAAGUCAGUUGAUCGCCGAAGCGUCGUCUUUAAACACGUAGAAUCAUCUCGAAGUUACCCGAAACAAAGAGGACUUCUCCAAAGAGGCGAGAAGAAGAAAAAAGACCCACAAACCACCGCGUUUUAUUACACCCCCCCCCCUCCCGCGGCGCUGGCUGGCUCCGGGGAGCCGCUAUGGAGGACAUCAACUCGAACAUCAACGCGGACCUGGAGGUGCGGAAGCUCCAGGACUUGGUGAAGAAGCUCGAGCAGCAGAACGAGCAGCUCCGGAGCCGGUCCACGAUGCUGUCCUCCGCCGGGACCCACCACAGACCCCUCAGCGACGGCUACGACCCGUCGUCCCUGGCCGCGGCGGGGAUGGCAGCCGGUCUGGCCGGCUUCCCCGGGGCGGGGUUCGUCGGCUACGGCGGGCAGCUGGCGAACAGCCGCUGCCGGAGCCCCCGGCUCUCCUACGACGGCGUCAGCUUCAGGAGGGCGUACGGGUACGACGACGACGGCGGCGGCGGGGGAACGGCCGCCGGCGCCUCCCUGCCGGGCGGGAACUCACUUUUCUCGGAGGGCGUCGGGGUUUUCACGGACGAGGCGGAGACGUCGAUCCUGGACGAGGUGGACAUCUUAGAUCUCGAGGACAUGGACUGUCUCAACGAGGACGAGGACAGCUGGCUAUAUGAGGCGAAGCUGGACAGUCCCAUGCAGAAAGCCCAGAGUCCCAUCGUGUGGUGCCGCCAAGCUCUCGACAACCCAAGUCCAGAGAUGGAGUCCGCCAAGCGCUCGCUCAUCCACAGACUGGACCUCACCAUGUCAGCCAACAAGCGCAGGAGUCUGUAUGGAAGCCCCUACGCCCAGCAGAGCUACGCCCAGCAGAGCUACGCCCAGCAGAGCUACGGAAGCCCCUACGGCACCAACGCAGCCAACAGCCCCUUCAGCAGCGGCUUCAACUCCCCCUCCUCCACCCCCAGCAGGGGGCCCGUCGUCAGGCAGCAGCUGAUGGGCAGCAACGCAGCUCAUCAGCGGAACACGGCGGCGGAGAGGAACCCGCCGGCGGUGAGCCCGCAGUCGUCGGUGGACAGCGAGCUGAGCACCUCUGAGAUGGACGAGGACUCGGUGGGCUCGUCCAACACCUACAAGCUCAACGACGUCACUGAUGUGCAGAUCCUGGCGCGCAUGCAGGAGGAGAGUCUGAGACAGGACUACGCGGCCACAGCGUCCCGCCGGAGCUCCGGCUCGUCCUGUCACUCCCUGCGACGCAGCACCUUCAGCGACCAGGAGCUGGACGCGCACAGCCUGGAGGACGAGGAGGAGGCGGUGCACCCGGCCUUCCACCUGCCCUCCAGUCGCUUCAGCCCCUCCCCCCGCCACUCCCCCCGCGCCUCCCCGAGGAACUCGCCGCGCUCCCGCUCCCCCGCCCGCUCCAUCGAAUACGGCCACGGCCGCGGCUCGCCUCAGCCCGUCAUCAGCCGCCUGCAGCAGCCCCGCCACUCGCUGCAGGGCCACGCCCACGAGCACCAGGCCAACGCCGUGAAGAACGAAGAAAAACUGCGUCGCAGUCUUCCCAACCUCACGCGAGCCUCGGUGGCGGCGGCGGCGGCCCAGAACUCAGAACCCGUGAAGAACAGCGCCAGCUGCGAGUCCAACCUGCAGGUGCAGAACGGAGGCUCCUCCCCUGGACACCAGAGCCAGUCCGCCACAGCAGCAGCUCAGCCCCCGGGACACUCGACCCCCUCUCGCUCCUCCCCGACACCCAAACAGCUCCUUCAGAGGCCGACCGCCCUGCGAGAUAACGGCCCGCCCUCAACCAGCUGGAGGCUGCCAGGUCACAUGCACGACUUACUGCACCCUGACGGUGCACAGAGAGGGUGGAGAUCAAGGGUUCCCAACCUGAGGGGGGGGGGGGUCACCGUCGCCCCACGGGGGGAGUUCCUUCUCCGCCGUUUAGAAUAUACUGUUAGUCUCCGUCUCAGAAUUUGAUCAAUUUCUGUGAAGAAAACUAAGAAUAACUUUAAAAGCGUUUUUUAAAGUUAGAAGUUUUAUCUGGAAGAAUGAAAAUAACAUAAAAGAUAAAGAUGGUAAA